AUGCAGAUUUAUGCAAGAACGGAUAUGACAAGGAGGGAGAGAAAGAGAAAAGGAAAGGGAGAGACAUGUGCAUGUCAGGCUAGUAAAAGCGAACGAGUGAAGAACGAUAGCGCAAAAGCAUUGGCGGAAAAGUCAUUUUCGGAGAAUGUAAUACUGAAACAGAACGUGACACAAAUGUUAUGUGAAAGGGCACAGAAGGAUUUUGAAAUGGAACAGUUCGAGUCAUUGACAUUUACCACAAUUAUUGGCGGUACCAUGAAUGAGGCCAAAUCGAAGUGGACAGCGGCGAAAAUAGCAGUUGCAACUAACUGGCAAAUAAGUGCAAAGAAUUGGGUGAAGACAGACCUGUCUCCUUUUUGGAACAAGAUUCUAUUGGUAAAGUGA